CUAAGGCAGUGACAUGUAGCACCCAUCCUGGAGUCAUGGCUAAUUGGGCAAGUAACGUCAACUUUGGAGUGGUUUUGCUGACUUUGUGUAUUGGAGCGCAUUAUGCCCUACAGAUUCCACAAGUUCAGUCAACUCAGACUCCACAGAGGGCCGUUCAAGAGAAACAGAUUGCCGAGCCUUCCUCCUCCAAGUGCAGGGUAAAGGAGUGGACCCUGUAUUGUGGAGACCCUGAUAUCCCUGCUGCUGAAUGUGAAGCUAUUAAUUGCUGUUUUGAGAAAGGGCAGUGCUAUUAUGGGAAUGCAGUGACUGUUCAGUGUACUAGGGAUGGGCAAUUUGUGGUUGUUGUGGCCAAGGCUGCGACCAUCCCACAGCUAAACCUGGACACGGUGAUUCUGCUGGACGGAGAAGAGGACGCUUGUGCCCCUGUCAACUCCACGGAGGCCUAUGUCAUCUUCCAGUUUUCUGUCCGUGCUUGUGGCACCAGUGUAAAGGAGGAAGGUGGCUAUGUGAUCUAUGAAAACAGUAUGUCUUCAUCUUAUGAGGUGACUCUUGGCUCACGUGGGUCAGUCACAAGGGACAGCAAUUAUGAGCUCCUGUUCCAGUGCAGGUACUCUGAAACAGCUGUGGAGGCUCUGGUUGUGGAGGUUAAUGCCAUUCCUCCACCACUAUCUGUGGUUGCUUCUGGGCCCCUCAGGGUGGAGCUCAGGCUAGCCAGUGGACAGUGCACCACUAAGGGAUGCGAGGAAGAUGAGGAGGCGUACACUUCAUACUACACUGAGGAAGACUACCCAGUCGCCAAAAUCCUCAGGCAGCCGGUGCAUGUGGAGAUCCGUGUGUUGGGGAGGACCGAUCCAAACCUCGUUCUCCAGAUUGGGAACUGUUGGGCAACGUCCAGCCCCAGCCCCCUCAGUCUGCCCCAGUGGGACCUGUUGGUCAAUGGAUGUCCCUCUGACGAGGAUCGUUACCUGACCACGUUGCUUCCAGUGACUGGCUUGUCUAGCCAUCAGUAUCCUACUCACUACAAGCGCUUUGUCGUUCAAAUGUUUACCUUUGUAGACAAAGAUUCUCUGCUUCCACUUCAAGAGCAGGUGUUCAUCCACUGCAACACAGCAGUGUGCUAUCACUCUGCCAUGGACUCAUGUGAACAGAGAUGCAACAGGCAAAGGAGAGAUGUUUCUGGAGUGCCUAAAGAAGUUGCCAAAGGAUCUAUUCUAGUAUCCAGUGGUGAAGUGGUUGUCACUGAUAGCAAAGCACUUUUUAAAAGAAUGCCUUUUUAAAAAAAUAAACUUGUCUUAAGCUUGCUAUAAAA